AUGGCUGGCCCACCUCUUCCAGCAACGCUCUCGCGCCGCCGACCGCCGCCAACGGGCGAUGAAGAAACCACCACCGUCCUCCGACUUGGCGAGUUCGAAGGCGUGCCUUGCCUCUCCCUUUCCGAAGCACACACCAUCAUUCAAAAGCUCAAGACAUCACGUAGUCAAACCGAUGAGCAGGGGAACAAGCCGGUGCCGAUGCCCAACACCGACGUGUACAACAAAACGGAAGCGUAUCUGGAGACGUUUGUGCGGUUCAAAACGGAGCAGUCGGCGUCGCAGGUGGAGGCUGUGAGCCAGAAGCUGGUUCAGGAGGGUCUGAUUACAUCGUUUGAGCGUGCGCAGCUGGCUACGCUAUGUUGCGAUACUGUCGAGGAAGCACGAACGCUCAUUCCCUCGCUGGAAGGCAAAGUCUCCGAUGACGAGCUCCAGCAAACCCUAGAUGACAUUUCGAAGAUGCGAGACUUCUCAUGA